UGAAAAUGGUAAGGAGUAUUUAGUACCCCCGAGUGCAUAUGGUCUCAACUGCCCCUUGAGUUGAUAUAGUGGAGGAACGCUGUUUUCGAGUUAAUAGCUAAAAAAUAUUCUUCUAUUUUAAUCCUUUUAAUAUACAAAUUUCACUAUAUUUUUCAUCGAUCCGAAAAUGUCCGACAUCGAAGAACAAUUUAAAGCGUAUCAAAAGGAUUCACGAAUUUCUUGUCGAUAUGGAGCUAAAUGUUAUCAAAAAAACCCCGCUCAUCACGAAAAAUACAAACAUCCUCCUUCCAAAAAUGCAAAAAAACAAAGAGGUCCAAUGCGUACAGUUAUCAAUAAAAAGAGGAAACAAAAGGACAAUGCUGAAUCGUCUACUGAUUCUCCAAAGAAAAAAGUACAAAAAACAGAUGAUAAUGUAACAGAUGAAAAUGCUUCACAAAUUAGUAAUAUUAAAAAUAAAGAAGAAAGCAAAGACCACGAUGAAGCUAUGAGCAAUAAAUCAAAUUCUGACAAUGAAAAAUCUGUAAAAGAUCCUAUUGUCAAAGUUACUAUUGCAUCAUUGUUGAAAGAUUGUAAUGUUACCAUCGAAAAUGAUGAAAUACUUCCAGCUGAUGUACAGACGAUCAUUUCUCAUUUAUUUCUAAUAGAAAUGCCAACAGACUUCUUUCAAUUAUAUGAGUUCUGUAAAAACAUUUCUGAAAAAGAUCCUUUAAAUGCCUUUAAAGAUGUUCAGUUGCAACUUGUGGGUCCUUAUGAUGUAUAUAGACAGACAUUUUUAAAUUCUAAAGUUGAUAAUAGAAAAUCACUGCUGAGACAUUGGAGAUAUUAUUAUGAUCCACCAGAAUUUCAAACUAUUAUUAAAGCUAAUACCAAAGAGGGUUUGCAUUUUGGUUACUGGAGGGAUGACCCAUCAGAAAAACCUGUAUUUGUGGCAAAAAACAAAGCAAGUAUAGAUUGUGUAAUUGAACCAGUUGCUGAGAAUAUAUUUGGUACACUUCAUAUUUAUAUAGGAGAGAAAUUAAAAGCAGCUAAUCCAUUUGAAAAAAUCCGCAUAGCACAGUUACACCAAAAAUUGAAAGACUAUGCUAAAGAAAAGGAUAUAACAUUGGAUAAAAAUACAAGUAAUAUGCGAGCUAGGGAAAAGAAGGUUGUUACAAGAACUUUCCAUAAAGCUGGCAUUGUAGUUCCAUAUGAUAAGAAAACUGAACUGGGAUACAGAGAUUUAGCCGUAACAGACAAUGAAUUAAGAAAACUAUUGAAGCAGAUAGAGGAAGCUGGUACACCAGAAGAAAAGAGAAAACCACUUUCAAAGCUUGAAGAAGUCAUAAGACUGGCAACAAUUGCAGCAGACGAAUGCGAUUUUGGCACCUGUUUAGAACUGGGCCAUGAUCUUUUUUGUAGUGGUGUUUCUUCUGUGCAAAACAAAGCGUUGCACAUGCUUUCUCUGGCCUACAACCUUUUACAGAGGCCACAAUUUUUGAAAAUUGCUCAGGCACAUUUGGAACUUAGAAGAAAGGAUCAGGAUCUGAAUGUGCUUUAUUAAAAUAGAAAUACUUUUAAUACAACUGCUGUUCAAUAAACAUUUAUUACUUUUAACUCCAGAAUUUCUAUAAAAUUCUUCAUUAAAUGUUAUUAAUAAAUUUCAUUAUAUGAAAUUAUAAGUCAUCUAAA